GUCUCAUUCUGUGUAAUCCAAUCAUCCUGCACUACUGUGUCUCACACUUAGUCUUCAGGAGUAAUUGGGAAGCUCGCAGCGACAAUUGUCUCUCCUUCCAGAUGUUGUCAAUAGAAAGAGAGUGUCUGUCACCACCUCUCUGACUAGGAUGUGUCCAUGGCUCUCCAGACCAGAGUUGCUGCAAGCAAGGUUGUUUUGCAGAAUCUCCUUAUAUGUGUCAUUCUCUUCUACACUGUGUACUACGCGGUUCUGGGCAUGUGCUGCGUGAUGCUCAAGGUGUAUGAGUUGGAUGUCCUGGCACCAUUUGAUUUCAAAACGAACCCCUCAUGGCUCAACACAAAUUAUAAAGUCCUUUUAAUCUCAACACAGAUUACCUACUUGGUGUGUGGAUUGCUUUUUGUUCUGGUUGUAGAAGAAUGGGUCUGGGAUUAUGCUAUUUCAGUAACCAUUCUUCAUGUUGCCAUCACUUCAACUGUUAUGUUGGAAUUCCCCUUGACAUCACAUUGGUGGGCUGCUUUAGGAUCCGGCUUAAUUUCAAUGAUAUGUGGAGGCCAGGCUUUCGCAUACUGUUUGUUCAAAGACAACUUUAUCUAUCCAGAUCUGGAUGAGUUUUAACAAAACAGCUGAAUUAAUUCGCCUCAGACUUUCUGUAUUAUUACAUACAUUGUGUCAGAGCUAAAUUGUAGUUUUUUGGUUCACACCUUAUAUUCAAGGUUGAAUGUAUUCUAGAUACUUUAUAACUAUGAAAAGAAAAGGAGAAGUUAAUGGAGAGCAGAAGAAUACUGGUAAGGUAUUCAUGAGCAGAAUGUUGCAAAUCCAUAAAAUGCAGUAUUUUACCAAAGAGUGUUCCAUAGGACACUAGUUUCAAAAUAUGCUAAUAGUGCCAUGCAAGGGAAAAAAGUUGCAUGUUUAAGUAUAUUUGUAGAAUCUUGGGUUUAUGUAAAAUAUCUUUAUUUUAGGACUUCUCAGAAUCUUAUACUAUUGAGAACAAGACGUGUCUAAGUAGUAGUAUACAUUAUGCACUGUUUCUCAGACAUAUUUGAUUAGGGACACACUUUACUUCUGAGACACACAGAGAGAGAGACAGAGCACAAGUGGGGGAGGGGGAGAGAAAGAGGGAGACACAGAAUCUGAAGCAGGCUCCAGGUUCUGAGCUGUCAGCACAGAGCCCAAUGGGGGGCUUGAACCUAUGAACUGUGAGAUCAUGACCUGAGCCGAAAUUGGAGGCUUAACUGACUGAGUCACCCAGGCACCCUGGGGACACACUAGAAAACGCUGAUGUAUCGUGUGGGUGUGGAAAUUAUAAUAUAGAAGAGAGUGGAGUUAAAACUACUACAAAUCCCUAUAAGCUGAAUUAAAUUCUAUUACUGUC